GGCGUGCGCGUUGACGACCCGCGUCUCUGUUAGUCAGCGGAGCGGCCGAGGCCGGACGUCGCGGCCGGAACGCGGAGCCGCGAGCAGGGCUGAGUAGCGGCCGCGGCCACCGCGGGACGGCGCCGCUCACCGCUACGGGCUUCCCUGUCGCCGUUGGCUGCGCAGCCGGCCUUGGUGAAUAUUUGGAUGAAGCCAUUAAACUAAUCGCUUGCCAUCAUGAGCAGAAGCAAGCGGGACAACAAUUUUUAUAGUGUAGAGAUUGGAGAUUCUACAUUCACCGUCCUAAAACGAUACCAGAAUUUAAAACCUAUAGGUUCAGGAGCUCAAGGAAUAGUGUGUGCAGCUUAUGAUGCCAUUCUUGAAAGAAAUGUUGCAAUCAAGAAGCUCAGCCGGCCAUUUCAGAAUCAGACUCAUGCUAAGCGAGCCUACCGAGAACUAGUUCUUAUGAAAUGUGUUAAUCAUAAAAAUAUAAUUGGCCUUUUGAAUGUUUUCACACCACAGAAAUCCCUAGAAGAAUUUCAAGAUGUUUACAUAGUCAUGGAGCUCAUGGAUGCAAAUCUUUGCCAAGUGAUUCAGAUGGAGUUAGAUCAUGAAAGAAUGUCCUACCUUCUCUAUCAAAUGCUGUGUGGAAUCAAGCACCUUCACUCUGCUGGAAUUAUUCACCGGGACUUAAAGCCUAGUAAUAUAGUAGUCAAAUCAGACUGCACUUUGAAGAUUCUUGAUUUUGGACUGGCAAGGACUGCAGGAACAAGUUUCAUGAUGACACCUUACGUGGUGACUCGCUACUACAGAGCUCCAGAGGUCAUCCUUGGCAUGGGCUACAAGGAGAACGUUGACAUUUGGUCAGUUGGGUGCAUCAUGGGAGAAAUGAUCAAAGGUGGUGUUUUGUUCCCAGGUACAGAUCAUAUUGAUCAGUGGAAUAAAGUUAUUGAACAGCUUGGAACACCCUGUCCUGAAUUCAUGAAGAAACUACAACCAACAGUAAGGACUUAUGUUGAAAACAGACCUAAAUAUGCUGGAUAUAGCUUUGAGAAACUGUUCCCUGAUGUGCUUUUCCCAGCUGACUCAGAGCAUAACAAACUUAAAGCCAGUCAGGCAAGGGAUUUGUUAUCCAAAAUGCUAGUGAUAGAUGCAUCCAAAAGGAUCUCAGUAGAUGAAGCUCUCCAGCACCCAUACAUCAACGUCUGGUAUGAUCCUUCGGAAGCAGAAGCUCCACCACCGAAGAUCCCUGACAAGCAGUUGGAUGAGAGGGAGCACACGAUAGAAGAGUGGAAAGAACUGAUAUAUAAGGAGGUAAUGGACUUGGAGGAGCGAACCAAGAAUGGAGUCAUAAGAGGGCAGCCAUCCCCUUUAGGUGCAGCAGUGAUCAACGGCUCUCAACACCCAUCGUCUUCACCAUCUGUCAAUGAUGUAUCUUCAAUGUCCACAGAUCCGACUUUGGCCUCGGAUACAGACAGCAGUCUAGAAGCAUCAGCUGGACCUCUAGGCUGCUGUAGAUGACUACUUGGGCCUUGGGGGGGUGGGAGGGAUGGGGAAUCGGUUAGUCAUUGAUAGAACUGCUUUAAAAACAAUUCAGUGGUCAUAUUUUUGAGUGAUUUUCCAGAAAAUGUGGAAUUCAUUUUGUAGUAAAGUAGUUUAUUUUUUUUAAUUUCAAGUGUUGUAAUUUAAAACCUAAGUUGUGUUUUUAAACAGCAACAAAACUGUAUUGUAUUUUUGCUGUAAUUAACUGUAUGAUGUAAACAUAAUUAUUUUAUCAUGGUUUAAAUUUUUUGCAUAUUUGCUUUAUCUUAUGCUGCUGAUUUUUUUUACUGAAUUUGUAAGAUUUUGUUUAUCAAAGCAACUAUUAUGUGGUGACUUGCAUAUAUCAUGAAUUAUUUAAGAUGUUUAUAAGUUUUUUAUUAGAAUUUAUUUCAGAUGUUUGUUCAUGAUGCUAUCCUUAAGGGUUAUGUGCUUAUCAAUGAAAUAACCCCAGAGGAGUAAGGGAAAAAAUAACCUGUAGCCAGUUAUAUUCAGGAAUAACUACUGUAAAAGAUGAACGUGUCAAGAAACCUCCAAUAUUUGCUACUUGCCAAUCCCAAUUUAGUUACAACAAUUAGUAGGUAACCUUACCUAAAUUUUGGCAAAUUCCCUGCUAUCUAAUGACAGAAUAACUCAGAGCAUGUCUUUAAAAUUGCUGAGCACAUCCUGCUACCUUUUGGAGCUCCCCAACCCAACAGAAACUCAGAUCAAGAAAUGUGGUGUAUUCUGCACAGUGCGGCAUGCUCAGCUUUUGAUCGUAUACAGUCAAGAGGAUACUUCGUGAAUAUACAUUUCAGUGCAAAUCAUAGCUUGUACCAGCUAUGAGCCUGCUUCUGUAUACACUGAGUUAAUCUCAGGCUGUAGGUCCUGGCAUUGGUCAAGAGUCUGCACUUCCCUUUUGUACAGCUUCUGGCCUCUGAACCUUCCCAGUUCCUAUUCCUUGAAGGCCCAGUCUGUUGAGCACCAAUGUGUGGUAUUUCUGGCCAUUUGAUUCUACCUGUAACAUAAUCCUAUUUUUACUAGCUGUCAGGAGGUUCCAAAGCCUACUUAAAUUUGUGUAGGUGAUGUUUAAAUGAGCAAUAUACCGUUCAUCUAAAAAUAGUAGCACACAGCCAUAUGUAGGAUGUCAUUUUCUAAGGACUGUUUCUUCACAGUGAGCAGAGCAGGCAAAGUGGUGGUUCUUUAGUCUGAGUCUUUGAUUUUAUACCUGAUUUCAAGUAUAAUACGCAGUGUGGACGUUGAGUAGUUGAAGAAUGGUGCUGCUCCUGACAAGUGUGUGUUAACUGUUUACAUUUUAUAUCUACAGAAUCCUUUCUCUGUAACUGAAUUUUUCCUAAGUAAAAUGUCAUCAAGGUCUCAUUA